ACCUCCAAGAGAAGUGCCGUCCGUCUCACUCCAAAAUAAGCUCCAGUCGCCUGCAAAGGCCUUCUAAUGACAACGAUCCAGCCACAGCCACCGCAUCAGCGCUAUCGACACAUGCGGAGGUUGGCGCGGCAAUCCAUUGGCGUGGCGGUGGUGGUCGUUGGCUGCGCAGCGGGCCUGGUGACCAUGAUUCAUCGCGUGUUGUCUGAGCCUUCGCAGACCGCUCGCGUUUUAGCUGAAGCCUCUUCUUCGUCCGACUCGGAUUCGUGCGGCGAGCUAGCAAGCUGGGAAACAAGCGGCGGCAUAGUGGUGUAUAUCAUGGCCCUGGGCUACAUCUUUGUGUCGCUCGCCAUCAUCUGCGACGAUUACUUCGUAUCGGCACUGGAAAAAAUCUCCGAAUCGCUGGCACUGUCACCCGACGUUGCUGGAGCCACUUUCAUGGCUGCAGGCUCGUCAGCCCCCGAGCUAUUCGUGUCUAUGGCUGACAACGUGUUCAAGAAGCCCGCCGAGAGCUUGGGCGUUGGCACUAUCGUGGGCUCGGCCAUUUUCAAUAUCCUCAUCAUCAUAUCGCUGUCAGGACUGCUGGCGGGCCAAGUCCUCAAACUCGACUGGCGUCCGCUACUGCGUGACUCGCUCUGGUACACGUGGUCUAUCGUCGUACUAGCUUUCGCCGUAUCGGACGGCAGCGUCGACGUUCUGGACUCGGUGAUCAUGGUCUGCUCGUACGGGGGCUAUAUCAGUUACAUGGCGUUCAACGAGCGAGUGGUUAAUUGUUGCUGCAAGCGGCCAGAAACCGAUGAAGUCCAGGUGGGUAAGCUUACAAUCAGUACGAAGUCGGAUGCCACCUCGACUGCAGACGUUGUAGCCACCGUCGACGUGCAAAAGUCGGUUGACGGAGAGGAACACCAGCGCGGAUUCCUCGGCGAGCAGGACAAACUGAAUCCGAUACUUCGUUCUAAGUAUCGGAUGUUCCAGUCGCAGCAGUUACUUCAUCGCAUGAACUCAAGUGGCGAGCUCCUGGACAUCGAGGCACCCAAGUCCGCUGAAAAGGUUACUGUGAAAGAAAAAGCUCAGGAUCAUUCGAGUCACGUGCCAGACGCAGAAGAUGGCGAAGAGCCACUGCCAAAGUACUUCGACGAUGUGCUGGUUCCACCAGAAGGCGUUUUGGCUAAAAUGUGGUUUGUGUUCACGUGGCCCAUCGUAGCCUUGGCACGCAUCACGAUUCCAGACUGCCGUUACCCGGUCUUCUCAGGGCCUAUGGGCUACUCAGCAACCUUCGUGAUCUCCAUCAUCUGGAUUGGCGUGCUCUCGCACUACACUGUCGCCUACGGGACGAAGUUCGGAUGUAUCGCUGGUAUUCCAUCCACACUAAUGGGACUCACGAUCAUUGCUGCGGGCACGUCGAUUCCAGAUGCUUUGAGCUCCAUCCUUGUAGCACGCGACGGCCACGGUGACAUGGCUGUCUCCAGUGCUCUUGGCAGCAACGUCUUCGACAUUCUGUUUGGACUAGGACUCCCCUUUUUCGUGUCGAAUCUGGUUUACAGUGAAACCGUGCCAGUGUCGGGUGAUGAUCUUGAUGUCUCGAUUGCGAUCCUUUUCGCCGUGCUGCUCUUCGUUGUGGUGGUACUAGUUUCCUCACGUUGGAGGCUCUACCCACUGGCUUGUGCGAUCCUGUUGAUGCUCUAUGUGGCAUACGUGGUUUUUUCAUACUUGCGCGGUUUGGACAUCUUAUAGACUGGGGCAGCGUUUUUAACUUGGUGAUAAAAUCUCAUUACGUCGUAUGAUAUGAUGAUUUCCGCGAAUAUUUAUCUUUACUAAAGAUUCUUUAGUAGUAGGAGCGUGGUUCGAAUGGGGGAAUUGCCAAAAAUUUAUGCAAAUGCCAUUUAGGUUUAUUAGAACUUCCGGUAGCAAAACAAGCUAUUGUAUUUCGCCUUCCUACCAAAAAAAGUCUGGUUGUAACGUGUUGCGGCGGGAUCAUACUUGAGUAUUUAGUAAAGAGCUAUAUUGAAGAAAAACAAGCUCAUAUUGGGUGAAUA